AUGAAUUAAACUCAAAAGUCAUUUGAUGUUUCUAAAGGCGGCGAGAAACUGUCAGAUAUUGAGUCGCUAAAAAGAAGAACAUAUAAAAAGAUCUUAAUGAUGUCUUCAAUGAACAAAAACAUUAUGAAAUACAUCUAGAAAGCUUUUCAAUUGGGUCCGAAAUAUUUGACUAUUGAAUGCCUUGUUGAAGAGGUUAAGACUACUCCACUCACUGAGUUGGACCGUUAUGGUGCUACUAUACUAGACAAAGAUAGAUUAAAAGAGCUUUAAGAAUUGUUAGGGAAAAUAAAAUAGAUGGUUGAUUAAGAUGUAAAAUAACUGAGUAGUGAUCAAUUAGUGUAAUUAAUCAAAUAUUUUGUUUUAUCUCCAGUUGAGAAAACGUAUAUUCAAAAAAUAGAAGCUGAAUUAGCAGAAACUAAAAAUUUGGAUGAAUAAAUCAAAGCAGCUUAAACUAGAUAAAAAGAACAAUAGGAUUUAAAAAUUGAGGAAUAUCGUUAAGAAAAAAAUGGAUAAUAAAUAAUUAAAUAAAACUUAUCAUCAUAACAGCAUCAGAUUUCAGUUCAUGAAAAUAAGUUAGAGAAAGCUAAUCAAAAGUUGAAUGAGAUUGUUGCUCAUAAUAAAUAAUUGAGAGAGAAAAUCAAUUAAUUGAGAAAAGAAAAGAAUAUGGUUGAGGAAAUAUCAAAAAAUUUAGAAAAAGAAUUAGAAGAUAAGAAGAAGAACGUAGAGGAAACCAUUAAAUCUGCAGGAUAAGCAUAUUAUUAUAGAAAUAAAGCAGAAGAAGAACUAACUAAAUUACAAAAGAAGGCAGAAGCAUAAAAAAAGGAAUUUGAACAAGAAUGUGAAUCUUUAAAUGAGAAAAUAUAACAUGACAAGAAAUUUAAAGCAUUUAUUUAAAGCAAAAAGAAGGAAUAAGAAUAUUUAGAUAAACUUGAAAAAUAAAUUGCAGAAAAUUAAGAAAUUAUUAGAUAAAAAUCAGCAUCUAAUGCUUAAAUUGAUAAAGAAUAUAUGUUGAGUGCUUCUAAAGAAUAAGAGAUUAAGGAUGCAUUUGAAAGGAUUAAAUAAGAAACAGGCAUUCAUGAUAAAAAAAAGGAAAGAGAAAGUAAAUAAUUAUUGACAGUCUUCAUCGAAUUGUAUUAAAACAAUCAAAUCAUGUCAUAAUUUGUCAAAGAAUUAUAAGAAACUGUUGAAGAACUAGAAAGAUAAAUUGAAGAAAAGAAAGAAGAAAUAUAGAUGUAUUCAACAAAAGGAGCUACAAAUGAUAAUUAAAGAAGGGAAUAAAAGAUGGCAUUGUCAAAUAAAAUUUAAUAAGAAGAGAAAAAGAAGGUUAUUCUAAAAGCACAAUAUGAAAAAUCUAUUGAAACAAUAAAUUUAAUUAAGAAAUAUUUGGAAGAAGUUUUCUAAGCCAUUGAUGUUGAUGAUGAAACAAUAAAAAAACUAAAAUCUGCGGCCAUUACAGAAGAAAAUAUGGUACAUUUCUUAGGAAUAUUGGAAUAAAAAGGAUUAGAUGCAAUAUAAGAAUAUGCGCGAUUGAUUGCAGAACAGUUGAAAUUAGAAAAAGGAGAAGUACAUGGAUUAUCAUCUUAAGUUGAUGAUCUUAACAAUAUCAUUGCUUAUGAAAAUGCUAAUAUUAUGAAUUAUUAUUCACAAGCUUCACAAUUUAGAUAAGAAUGUCCAGAUGAUGUGCUUUCAUUUAAUGAAGAAGAAAAUGAUAUGAAGUAAAGAUGGUUUUAAGAAGAAGAAUUUAAAAAGUAAGCAAUGGAGUCAAUCUCCAAAAGAUCUGGACCAAAAAAACCAAUUAAACCCAAGUUUAAGGAAAGAGAAUAAAAAUAAUGAGGUUAAUAAAAUACUCAAUAUAAUUUAUUGUAUAAAUAAACAUAA